UGUCAUCCUACUGUCCAACACCAGGUAUGGAUUAUCCGAUUACUUUUUUACUUAAUCUAUACUUGAAUUAAUGUUCAUGUUAAUUUUGUUUAUUUAAAUAGUACAGCAACUUCUUCGAAACUUUCGAAGGAUGCAUCACUCCAAAAAACAGCGAGUUUUCUACGGAUCUUUUUCAGUUAUGGAAAUCUGGGGGUUGAGGUCUUCAUGAAUUUAAUAAGGGAUCGGAAUUUUCAUGCAGGGAUUUUCAGAAAUUUUAGAAUUUGUUUUAGUAUUAUAUUGCGACUUACGACAUUUUUUCGAGUCAUACGCCCUUGGACCUCUUGCACUUCUAACACAGUCAUAUAUAACCUCUUUCAUGGACUUCUUACAUGAUCUACGGCCAAGAAAUUUAUGUAUUUUACUCUGUCUAACGCCAGACGAUUCUCUCGAUGAGUACUAUAGAGUCACUUCACGGAUACCAAUUUUAUUCAACAGUCAAUAUUAACCCUAGUUUGAACAUAAAUAUUAUGUCUGGUCGGAAUAUGAAUAUUUCUGAUAGGAGUAUGAAUAUUUGUUAAGAAAUGUUCAUGUCCGGGCAGAGGUUUCAGGCAUAAUGGUAUUUUGACCAAUUUACUUUUGUUAGUAUUUUAUUGUUAGGUUGAAAUGUGGGUAUAAACCAUCUUACGUUUGCUGCAAGAUUAAGUACUUGGGCAGACAGCCAGUAUUUGGGUAUAUAAUUGGUAUUCUGGUAAACCCCCAGCUUGAAUAGAAAUUCGUUUUGUUUAUUUUAUCUUAGCUCCACAAGACAACAACAAAGAUAAUGAUUGUAAAAGUGACGAUGAUGAUGAUGAUGACACAGUGAUUGUAUUGGUGUCUAUUACUAUGGUAUUGCUGGUUUUGUGUCUUAUUGCAUUGAUCGUUGCCAUUUGGUCCGUGUAUAGAAUGUAAGUAAUCAGAUAUAAUGUAGACCACUGAGCGCGUAAGAUUGUUAAUAUGUGCAAGUUGUGAACCCACCAUGAAGUAUGAGUUGUUUUUUUUAUGAGUAUAGAGAUGAGAAGAAGAUAAAUAUUAAACAUUGACACUUUGACAGGCUUGCAGAGAACAAGAUGGAAGCGAAGAUUUGUCUUCUGGCCUUAAAACAAAUUUCUUAUCGUUUUUUCUUCAAAACGACAUUUCUCUUUAGUUUUUUUUAACAUUAAACAAUUAUUGGAUGAGGCUGAGCAUGACAUCAAGAAUUAUUCAGACCUCGGUCAAUGCAGGGUUUAUUUUAAGAAAAAAUUGGAACUGCACAUAUUAAGGAUGUUACGAAGCAUCACGUGUUUGACUGGGGGGUUCAAAGGAUUUUUAUCUAUAUUUAACGUUGUAAAUUAUGAUAGACUCUUAAUUUGUAUAUAGGUGGCAGAAUAAAGGUGUGGUUGGGUGGGGCCAGACAAACUGGGUGGGGAGCUACAGGUAGGAGGUGUCCCCCAAAUUUUGAAUUUAGAGGCUCGUAAGUUCUGGCAAAGAUUGGUUUCACCCAACCGGCCAACCACCCACAAAAAUUGUUUCAAAACAUGUAACUGGGAAUCAUGAAUACUCAAUAUAUAAUAACCUUAGGCAGCAAAGAAUAUUAGGUUCUCCCACUCUAAUCUCUUUUAGAUAGCUUCGCUCACACCAAUUUUAUCUCCUGUUCCAUUACCCCCAGCACGUAUGUGAUUUGUGAGGAAAAUAUGAGGGUCUGGUGGUCCUUUUCCAGAAAACAUUUAGAUUUUUGAUGCUCAUUGACAGCAUUUCUGGCAUCUGGAGCAUCCACAAGGAAAACGAGUAAAUGAGAAAACUGUUUUGAGGUUAUAUUUUUGUUAAUUUGGUAACUGUACAUUUGAGUUUUAAGAACUGCACAAAUAGGUUUAGAACUGCACAUUUUGUGUAGAACUGCACGUUAAAAUAAACUCUGGGUCAAUGUUAUCUGCCGAAGCGAGGCUGGGGCGGAUAACAUUAACCGAGGUCUGAAUAAUUCUUGAUGUCAUGCGAAGCCGAAUCCAAUAAUUGUUUUAUUAUACAUUUAAAUACAUAGGAAACGUACAAAACGAUUAAACGAAGUUUACUAAUGUUUCAAGUGUAUUAUUUUAUUUUCGCGCGCUUUUGGGUUCGAGUUGUUGGCCGCGCUGGGAAUGGGCACGACAGCAUCCAAUUUUUUUUUUAUGCAAGUUCGAUCCAAAAAGCUAUUAUUGGAAUAAGUACCGAAUAUUCAAAAUUAUCCUCUCUGACCAAUCAGGAACGAGAAUACACCUACUAAAUGUAUAAUAAUAUGCGUUUUCUUCAUGAUAAUAACGCUUUGUUGUUAGCCAUAAAUUCAACAAACAAAAAAUCCCAAUGCCAUUAUGCCAUGUUUACAAUUAUGACGAAAAAACCUCAGCCAAUCCAAACGCUGAGACUAUAACCUUUCAUGCACACGUUACUGAAAUCGUCUCAGUCGUUGUGCCACGCAGUUUUUACGGAUUGGUACACAGAAUGGUGCAAAUGUUUCAAGCUGUAAAAUUUGUUUCAUAGAAAUUGAAAACAAUUAGUUACUAGACAUUUUUAUGACAUCAUAUCACCAGUGUUCCACCCAAAUCCCAGCAAGAGAAUCAGAGAAGCAGAACUGUAUGAAUGUCAGAACCUGAAAAAUAUUUAUAGUUUAAUAUUGAAGGUUUUUGUAGAUGGAAAUUUUGAGUGUAAAUAUUAUAUACAAUUACUAGAUCUAACCAGAAGCGGUUGCGGGAAAAUGUAACUAUCUGCCCUCGGAAAUCGAACCAGUGGCCCUGCGAUUCCAGUGCAUAUAGAUAUCUUAUGUACACUAGAUAGCGCAUCUCUUUUAGUAAAAUUGAAGCCAAGAAUAUUCCAGCGGUUACCCCAUUUGAAUAGAUGGCGGCCAUUUUGAAUUUUCCCACUCGCUAAUAAACGCUUAAAUUAAAAACAAGAAUAACUUUCAUCAUUUGAAUAGUUUGAAAAUGUAUUUGGAAUAGGUUUAACUCAAUGUUUAAGUCCCCUGUUUAAGAAAUAGAAAACAUACGAGUCUUCUCAUUUCAUGGGAAUAUCCUGAGUCUGCAAUUACGGCUUCAAUUUUUGAAUUGCAGAAUAAUUAGAUGCACUAUAUCUAGUUAUAUAAGAUAUUUAUGUUCCAGUGCAGUACCAUAGAUAUCUUAUAUACACUAGAUAGUGCAUCUAAUUAUUCUGCAAUUCAAAAAUUGAAGCCGUGAUUGUAGUCUCAGGUCGUUCCCAUGAAAUGAGAAGAUUCGUAUGUUUUCUAUUUACAAAUACGUUUUUAAACUAUUCAAAUGAUGAAAGUUAUUGUUGUUUUUAAUUAUUACAUAAUAAGUUAUUAAGCGUUUAUUAGCAAGUGGGAACGACCAACAUGACCGCCAUCUAUUCAAAUGGGGGUAACCGCUGGAAUAUUCUAUUCUUGGCUUCAAUUUUACUAAAGAGAUGCACUAUCUAGUGUAUAUAAGAUUGAUAUCUUAUUAAGAUAUCUAUGUUCCAGUGCAGUACUAUGAAUAGUCACACUCGAAAUUUCCAUCUACAAAUCCCUUCAACAAUUAGUUCUAUCGAUUGAGAUGCCCAAAAUCCUGAUAUUUAGAGUUUAGUUAAUUGUUAAAUAUUAAUAUCAAAAUCAAUUUAUUCACAUAACCCGCAUCUGUUAACGGCCGGUCAUUAUUUAUGGCGGGGGUGGCACCGAAGAGAAAUGUUUUUCGUGGUAAAAAUUUUGCUGACCCAACCAUUAGAAAGUCAAAAAUUUGAUUACCCAACCUCAACUGUCAAUUAAAAAAUAAAUACCCACCCCUAGCCAAAAACUUUACAAAAGGAUACCUUUACCACUUCUGUGACAUGAGUUUGAUAACGGCUUUCUGCAGUCUAAAGUUUUAUAUUGUCUGCACAUGUUGUUUCUUUGGAGACACCAUUUGUCUCCCAUGCAACAAAUCGGAAAAUGAUCAAGAUAAUGACUCUGAGUGAUUCACAUAUUGUAUCUACAUAUGACUGUUGACAUUGCUUUUUAGUCUUCAAUAUUUGAAUGAGUGAUGCUUUGGAAAUGACAACAAUUUUUUAUGACCCAACCCUUGAGUUGUUUUGUUUUUCAUUUACCCAACCUUUUACUCACUCAAAAUUUUGUUUACCCAACCCUUUUCUCUUCGGUGCCACCCCCCGCCAUAAAUAAUGACCGCUCCCUUAAAUGUAAAUAUACUCUUCUCUUUGCAGGAAAAUGUACCAAUAA